AUGCCGCGCUCGCGGGGACCGGAGCAAGGAUGUUGCGGCUGCCCGGCAGGGAGGGCUCGCGGCGAAAUCGGGAUCUGGGCGCUUGUGCCGGGCACCGGGAGUCGCUGGGGCCGCCCGCCGCCACCACCACCGCCGCCGCCGCCGCCACCGCCACUGCUGCUGCUGCUGGGCUGGGGGCUGCUCAGUGCCUCGGCUGCCGCGGGCCAGAACUGCACAUUCCAUCUUCAAGGUCCCAAUGGCACAGUGGAGAGCCCGGGGUUCCCUUACGGCUACCCCAAUUAUGCCAACUGCACAUGGACUAUCACCGCAGAGGAUCAGCACAGGAUCCAGCUCGUGUUCCAGUCCUUUGCCCUCGAAGAGGACUUUGAUGUCCUAUCAGUGUUUGAUGGCCCACCCCAGGCAGAGAACCUUCGAACCAGGCUCACCGGCUUCCAGCUACCAGCCACCAUAGUCAGCGCGGCCAGCACCUUGUCCCUGAGCCUCAUCAGCGACUAUGCAGUCAGUGCCCAGGGCUUCCGUGCCAGCUAUGAAGUUCUCCCAAGUCACACUUGUGGGAACCCAGGGAGGCUGCCCAAUGGUAUCCAGCAAGGCUCCACCUUCAAUCUGGGCGACAAGGUCCGCUACAGCUGCAACCCUGGCUUCUUCCUAGAGGGCCACGCGGUACUCACCUGCCAUGCCAGCUCCGAGAACAGUGCCACGUGGGACUUCCCUUUGCCUUCCUGCAGAGCGGAUGACGCCUGUGGAGGGACCCUGCGGGGUCAGAGUGGCAUCAUCUCCAGUCCCCACUUUCCUGCUGAGUAUCACAACAAUGCCGACUGCACGUGGACCAUUCUGGCUGAGCUUGGGGACACCAUCGCCCUGGUUUUUAUUGACUUCCAGCUAGAGGAUGGCUAUGACUUCCUGGAGGUCACAGGGACCGAAGGCUCCUCUCUCUGGUUUACAGGAGCCAGCCUCCCAGCCCCUGUUAUCAGCAGCAAGAACUGGCUGAGGCUACACUUCACAUCAGACGGUAAUCACCGGCAGCGUGGCUUCAGCGCCCAGUACCAAGUCAAGAAGCAGAUUGAGCUGAAGUCACGCGGCGUGAAGCUGAUGCCAAGCAAGGACAAUAACCAGAAGACGUCUGUGUUAACUCAGGUUGGUGUGUCCCAAGGACAUAAUAUGUGUCCAGACCCUGGCAUACCUGAAAAGGGAAAAAGACUAGGCUCAGACUUCAGGUUAGGAUCCAGCGUCCAGUUCACCUGCAACGAGGGCUAUGACCUGCAAGGGUCCAAGAGGAUCACGUGCAUGAAAGUGAGCGACAUGUUUGCUGCUUGGAGUGACCACAGGCCAGUCUGCCGAGCCCGCAUGUGUGAUGCCCACCUCCGAGGUCCCUCGGGCAUCAUCACGUCCCCCAACUUCCCCAUUCAGUAUGACAACAACGCACACUGUGUGUGGAUUAUCACGGCACUCAACCCUGCCAAGGUGAUCAAACUGGCCUUUGAAGAGUUCGAUCUGGAGAGGGGCUAUGACACCCUGACAGUUGGGGACGGUGGGCAGGAUGGGGACCAGAAGACGGUCCUCUACAUCCUGACAGGUACCUCCGUCCCAGACCUCAUCGUCAGCACUCACCAUCAAAUGUGGCUCCUCUUCCAGAGUGACAGCAGUGGCAGCUCCCUGGGAUUCAAGGCUUCCUAUGAAGAGAUCGAACAGGGCAGUUGCGGAGACCCCGGCAUACCUGCCUAUGGCCAGAGAGAAGGCUCUCGCUUUCGCCAUGGUGACACGCUCAAGUUUGAGUGCCAGCCUGCCUUUGAGCUAGUGGGGCAGAAAUCAAUCACGUGCCAAAAGAAUAACCAGUGGUCGGCUAAGAAGCCAGGCUGUGUGUUUUCCUGCUUCUUCAACUUCACCAGUCCCUCUGGGAUCGUCCUGUCUCCCAACUACCCUGAAGACUAUGGCAACCAUCUUCACUGCGUCUGGCUUAUCCUGGCCCGGCCUGAGAGCCGCAUCCACCUGGCCUUCAAUGACAUUGAUGUAGAGCCUCAGUUUGAUUUCCUGGUUAUUAAAGAUGGAGCCACUGCCGAGGCCCCUGUCCUUGGUACCUUCUCGGGAAAUCAGCUCCCCUCCUCCAUCACCAGCAGUGGCCAUGUGGCCCGUCUAGAGUUCCAGACUGACCACUCCACAGGGAAGAGAGGCUUCAACAUCACCUUUACCACCUUCCGACAUAACGAGUGCCCGGAUCCCGGCGUUCCAGUCAACGGCAAACGGUUUGGUGACAGCCUGCAGCUGGGCAGCUCCAUCUCCUUCCUGUGUGAUGAAGGCUUCCUCGGGACGCAGGGCUCUGAGACCAUCACCUGUGUUCUGAAGGAGGGCAGCGUGGUGUGGAACAGCGCCGUGCUGCGCUGUGAAGCUCCCUGUGGUGGCCACCUGACUUCGCCGAGUGGGACCAUCCUAUCUCCGGGCUGGCCUGGCUUCUACAAGGAUGCCCUGAGCUGCGCCUGGGUGAUCGAAGCCCAGCCUGGAUACCCCAUCAAAAUUACAUUCGACAGGUUUAAAACUGAGGUCAACUAUGACACCCUGGAAGUGCGAGAUGGACGGACAUACUCAGCACCUUUGAUUGGCGUUUACCAUGGGACCCAGGUGCCCCAGUUCCUCAUCAGCACCAGCAACUACCUCUACCUCCUCUUCUCUACUGACAAGAGUCACUCGGACAUAGGCUUCCAGCUCCGCUAUGAGACUAUUACAUUGCAGUCAGACCACUGUCUGGACCCAGGUAUCCCCGUCAAUGGGCAACGUCAUGGAAAUGACUUCUACGUGGGUGCUCUGGUGACCUUCAGCUGUGACUCGGGCUAUACCUUAAGCGAUGGGGAGCCCCUGGAGUGUGAACCAAAUUUCCAGUGGAGUCGUGCCCUUCCCAGCUGUGAAGCUCUCUGUGGUGGCUUCAUUCAAGGCUCCAGUGGCACCAUCUUGUCGCCAGGGUUCCCUGACUUCUAUCCCAACAACUUGAACUGCACCUGGGUCAUUGAGACAUCACAUGGCAAGGGUGUGUUCUUUACCUUCCAUACCUUCCACCUGGAGAGCGGCCAUGACUACCUCCUCAUCACUGAGAACGGCAGCUUCUCCCAGCCCCUGAGGCAACUAACAGGCUCGAGGCUGCCAGCGCCCAUCAGUGCCGGGCUCUAUGGCAACUUCACGGCUCAAGUCCGCUUCAUCUCUGAUUUCUCUAUGUCCUAUGAAGGAUUCAACAUCACCUUCUCAGAGUAUGACCUGGAGCCCUGUGAAGAGCCUGAGGUUCCAGCCUACAGCAUCCGAAAGGGCUUGCAGUUUGGUGUGGGUGACACCCUGACCUUUUCCUGCUUCCCCGGGUACCGUCUGGAGGGCACGGCCCGCAUCACGUGCCUGGGGGGCAGACGGCGCCUGUGGAGCUCGCCUCUGCCAAGGUGUGUUGCGGAGUGUGGGAACUCGGUCACGGGCACUCAGGGCACUUUGCUGUCCCCCAACUUUCCUGUGAACUACAAUAACAAUCACGAAUGUAUCUACUCCAUCCAGACCCAGCCGGGGAAGGGGAUUCAGCUUAAAGCCAAGGCAUUUGAACUGGCUGAAGGAGACCUCCUCAAGGUCUAUGACGGCACUAACAACUCCGCCCGUUUGCUGGGGGUCUUCAGCCGCUCUGAGAUGUUGGGGGUGACUUUGAACAGCACAUCCAGCAGCCUGUGGCUUGACUUCAUCACAGAUGCAGAAAACACCAGCAAAGGUUUUGAACUUCAAUUCUCUAGUUUCGAGCUCAUCCGAUGUGAGGACCCAGGGACCCCACAGUUCGGCUACAAGGUUCACGAUGGAGGUCAUUUUGCAGGCAGCUCAGUGACCUUCAGCUGUGACCCAGGCUACAGUCUUCGGGGCAGCGAGGAACUGAUGUGUCUAAGUGGUGAACGCAGGACGUGGGACCGACCGCUGCCGACCUGUGUUGCUGAGUGUGGAGGGACAGUGAGAGGAGAGGUGUCAGGGCAGGUGCUGUCGCCUGGGUACCCGGCUCCCUAUGAACACAAUCUCAACUGCAUCUGGACCAUCGAGGCAGACGCCGGAUGCACCAUUGGGCUCCACUUCCUCGUGUUUGACACAGAGGAGGUCCAUGAUGUGCUGCGCAUCUGGGAUGGACCUGUGGAAAGUGGGGUUCUCCUCAAGGAGCUGAGCGGCCCAGUGCUGCCCAAGGACCUGCACAGCACCUUCAACUCGGUCGUCCUGCAGUUCAGCACGGACUUCUUCACCAGCAAGCAGGGUUUCGCCAUUCAGUUCUCAGUGUCCACAGCAACCUCCUGCAAUGACCCCGGAGUCCCACAGAAUGGGAGUCGGAGUGGUGACAGCUGGGAAGCCGGUGAUACCACCGUGUUCCAAUGCGACCCAGGCUACGCUCUGCAGGGAAGCGCAGAGAUCAGCUGCGUGAAGAUCCAGAACAGAUUCUUCUGGCAGCCCAGCCCACCCACGUGCAUCGCUCCUUGUGGGGGAGAUCUAACUGGACCAUCGGGAGUCAUUCUGUCACCAAACUACCCAGAACCCUACCCACCAGGCAAGGAGUGUGACUGGAAAGUGACCGUCUCUCCGGACUACGUCAUCGCCCUGGUAUUUAACACAUUUAACUUGGAGCCUGGUUAUGAUUUUCUUCACAUCUACGAUGGACGGGACUCUCUCAGCCCUCUCAUAGGAAGCUUCUAUGGCUCACAGCUCCCCAGCCGCAUUGAAAGCAGCAGCAAUAGCCUCUUCCUCGCCUUCCGCAGCGACGCAUCUGUGAGCAAUGCUGGCUUUGUUAUUGACUACACAGAAAACCCGAGGGAGUCAUGUUUUGACCCCGGUUCCAUCAAGAACGGCACUCGAGUGGGCUCCGACCUGAAGCUUGGCUCUUCCAUCACCUACUACUGCCACGGGGGCUACGAGGUCGAGGGCACCGCCACCCUGAGCUGCAUCCUGGGGCCUGACGGGAAGCCGAUGUGGAACAAUCCCAGGCCAGUCUGCACAGCUCCCUGUGGUGGACAGUAUGUGGGUUCAGAUGGAGUGGUCCUGUCCCCAAACUACCCCCAGAACUACACCAGUGGACAGACCUGCUUGUAUUUUGUCACCGUGCCUAAGGACUAUGUGGUGUUCGGCCAGUUUGCCUUCUUCCAUACAGCCCUCAACGACAUAGUGGAGGUCCAUGAUGGCUACAGCCAGCACUCCCGGCUUCUCAGCUCCCUUUCGGGCUCUCACACAGGAGAGUCACUGCCCUUGGCUACCUCCAAUCAAGUUCUUAUUAAGUUCAGCGCCAAAGGUCAAGUAUCAGCCAGGGGGUUCCACUUUGUCUACCAAGCGGUACCCCGAACCAGCGCCACGCAGUGCAGUUCUGUGCCAGAACCUCGCUAUGGCAAGAGGCUUGGCAGUGACUUCUCGGUGGGGGCCAUCAUCCGCUUCGAAUGCAACUCGGGCUAUGCCCUGCAGGGGUCCCCAGAGAUCGAGUGCCUCCCUGUACCCGGGGCACUGGCCCAGUGGAAUGUCUCUGCACCAACCUGUGUGGUGCCAUGUGGUGGCAACCUCACUGAGCGCAGAGGUACCAUCCUGUCCCCUGGCUUCCCAGAGCCAUAUCUGAACAGCCUCAACUGCGUGUGGAAGAUCAUGGUCCCCGAAGGCGCUGGCAUCCAGAUUCAAGUCAUCAGCUUUGUCACAGAGCAGAACUGGGACUCUCUAGAAGUGUUUGACGGAGCGGAUAACACUGUAACCAUGCUGGGGAGUUUCUCGGGAACAACAGUGCCCGCCCUCCUGAACAGCACCUCCAACCAGCUCUAUCUCCACUUCUACUCUGACAUUAGUGUGUCUGCUGCUGGCUUCCACUUGGAAUACAAGACGGUGGGCUUGAGCAGUUGUCCCGAACCAGCCGUACCCAGCAAUGGGGUGAAGACAGGAGAGCGCUAUUUGGUGAACGAUGUGGUCUCUUUCCAGUGUGAGCCAGGAUAUGCCCUCCAGGGCCACGCCCACAUCUCCUGCAUGCCUGGGACUGUGCGUCGGUGGAAUUACCCCCCUCCGCUGUGCAUUGCGCAAUGUGGGGGAGCCGUGGAAGAGAUGGAAGGGGUGAUCCUGAGCCCUGGUUUCCCAGGCAACUACCCCAGUAACAUGGACUGUUCCUGGAAGAUCUCGCUGCCCGUGGGCUUUGGAGCUCACAUCCAGUUUUUGAACUUCUCCACGGAGCCCAACCAUGACUUCUUAGAAAUCCGGAGUGGCCCCUCCGAGACCAGCCGCAUGAUGGGCAGGUUCAGCGGGAGCGAGCUGCCGGGCUCCCUGCUCUCCACGUCCCACGAUAGCAUCGUGUACUUCCACAGCGACCACUCCCAGAACCGGCCAGGAUUCAAGCUGGAGUACCAGGCCUAUGAACUCCAAGAGUGCCCAGACCCAGAGCCUUUUGCCAAUGGCAUCGUGAGGGGAGCCGGCUAUAAUGUUGGACAAUCGGUGACCUUUGAGUGCCUUCCAGGAUAUCAACUGACCGGUCAACCUGUCCUCACAUGUCAACAUGGCACCAAUCGGAACUGGGACCACCCCCUACCCAGGUGUGAAGUCCCCUGCGGUGGGAACAUCACCUCUUUUAAUGGCACGGUGUACUCACCGGGAUACCCCAGCCCCUACUCCAGCUCCCAGGACUGUGUCUGGCAGAUCACUGUGCCCAUUGGCCACGGUGUCCGUCUCAACCUCAGCUUGCUCCAGAUAGAGCCCUUUGGAGACUACAUCACUGUCUGGGAUGGGCCACAGCAGACAUCUUUGCAGCUUGGGGUCUUCACCCGGAGUUUGUCCAAGAAAAUAGCACACAGCUCCUCCAACCAGGUCCUGCUCAAGUUCCACCGGGACACAGCUACGGGUGGGAUCUUCGCCAUUGCCUUCUCAGCUUAUCCACUCACCAAGUGCCCUCCCCCGACCAUCCUCCCCAAUGCUGAAGUGGUCACAGAGAACGAAGAAUUCAACAUAGGUGACAUCGUCCGCUACAGGUGCCUUCCAGGCUUUACCCUCGUGGGGAGUGAAAUCCUGACCUGCAAGCUGGGAACCUACCUGCAGUUUGAAGGCCCGCCCCCAAUAUGUGAAGUGCAUUGUCCAACCAAUGAGCUUCUGACAGACUCCACUGGCGUGAUCCUUAGCCAGAGCUAUCCUGGAAGCUACCCACAGUUCCAGACCUGCUCCUGGCUGGUGAGGGUUGAGCCAGAGUACAAUAUCUCUGUCACGGUGGAGUACUUCCUCAGCGAGAAGCAAUACGAUGAGUUUGAGAUCUUUGACGGUCCCUCAGGACAAAGUCCUCUACUGAAAGCUCUCAGUGGGAAUUACUCGGCUCCCCUGAUUGUCACCAGCUCAAGCAAUUCUGUCUACUUGCGAUGGUCAUCUGACCAUGCUUAUAACCGGAAGGGUUUUAAGAUUCGGUAUUCAGCCCCCUACUGUAGCCUGCCUAAGGCUCCACUCCACGGCUUCAUCCUGGGCCAGACAACCACCCAGCCAGGCGGCUCCAUCCACUUUGGCUGCAACACAGGCUACCGUUUGGUGGGACACAGCAUGGCCAUCUGUACCCGGCACCCGCAAGGCUACCACCUGUGGAGUGAGGCCAUUCCUCUCUGUCAAGCCCUUUCCUGCGGUCUCCCCGAUGCUCCCAAAAAUGGAAUCGUGUUUGGCAAGGAGUACACGGUGGGGACAAAGGCCGUGUACAGCUGUAACGAAGGCUACCACCUCCAGACGGGGGCCGAGGCCACCACAGAGUGUCUGGACACUGGCUUGUGGAGCAACAGCAAUGUCCCCCCACAGUGUGUCCCUGUGACCUGUCCGGAUAUCAGCAGCAUCAGUGUGGAGCACGGCCGGUGGAGGCUCAUUUUUGAGACCCAGUAUCAGUUCCAGGCCCAGCUGAUGCUCAUCUGUGACCCUGGCUACUACUACACCGGCCAAAGGGUCAUCCGCUGCCAGGCCAACGGCAGAUGGAGCCUGGGAGAGUCUAUGCCCACCUGCCAAAUCAUCUCCUGUGGAGAGCUCCCCACACCCCCGAGUGGGCACCGUAUUGGAACAAUGUCUGUCUACGGGGCAACUGCCAUCUUCUCCUGCAAUUCCGGAUAUACACUGGUGGGCUCCAGAGUGCGCGAGUGCAUGGCCAAUGGACUCUGGAGUGGCUCUGAAGUCCGCUGCCUUGCUGGACACUGUGGGACCCCAGACCCCAUUGUCAACGGACACAUCAAUGGGGAAAACUUCAACUACCGGGGCAGCGUGGUGUACCAGUGCAGGGCUGGCUUCCGCCUGAUCGGCAUGUCCGUGCGCAUCUGCCAGCAGGAUCAUCACUGGUCGGGCAAGACCCCUUUCUGUGUGCCAAUCACCUGUGGACAUCCAGGCAAUCCAGUCAACGGCCUUACUCAGGGCAGCCAGUUCAACCUCAACGACGUGGUCAAGUUCGUUUGCAACCCAGGAUACAUAGCUGAGGGGGCUGCUAGGUCCCAGUGCCUGGCCAGCGGUCAGUGGAGUGACACGCUGCCCACCUGCCGAAUCAUCAACUGUACAGAUCCCGGGCACCAGGAGAACAGCGUCCGGCAAGUCCAUGCCAAUGGCCCCCACAGGUUCAGCUUUGGCACCACCGUGUCCUACCAGUGCAACCAUGGCUUCUACCUCCUGGGCACACCUGCCCUCAGCUGUCAGGGAGAUGGCACCUGGGACCGGCCCCGCCCACAGUGUCUCUUGGUGUCCUGUGGCCAUCCUGGCUCUCCACCUCAUGCCCAAAUGUCUGGAGACAGCUACAUAGUGGGGGCCGUUGUGCGUUACAGCUGCACGGGCAAGCGGACUCUGGUGGGAAAUGCCACCCGCAUGUGUGGACUGGACGGACACUGGACAGGCUCCCUACCCCACUGCUCAGGAACCAGCUCGGGAGUUUGUGGUGACCCGGGGACCCCAGCCCAUGGCAUCCGGCUAGGAGAUAGCUUUGCCCCAGGCAGUGUAAUGCGCUUUAGUUGUGAAGCUGGCCACGUGCUCCGGGGGUCUUCGGAGCGAAUGUGUCAAGCCAACGGCUCCUGGAGUGGGUCGCAGCCUGAGUGUGGAGUGAUCUCAUGUGGGAACCCUGGAACUCCAAGCAAUGCCCGAGUGGUGUUCAGCGAUGGCCUGGUGUUCUCCAGCUCCAUUGUCUAUGAGUGUCGCGAAGGCUACUAUGCUACAGGCCUGCUCAGCCGACACUGCUCUGUCAACGGCACCUGGACAGGCAGUGACCCCGAGUGCACAGUCAUAAACUGUGGUGACCCCGGGAUUCCAGCCAAUGGCAUCCGGCUGGGCCAUGACUUCAGGUACAACAAAACUGUGACGUACCAGUGUGUCCCCGGUUAUGUGAUGGAAUCACACAGAGGGUCUGUGCUGAGCUGCACCAAGGACCGAACCUGGAACGGUACCAAGCCGGUUUGCAAAGCUAUCAUGUGCAAGCCUCCUCAGCUCAUCCCGAACGGGAAAGUGGUGGGGUCUGACUUUACCUGGGGCUCCAGUGUGAGUUAUGCCUGUCUGGAGGGGUACCAGCUCUCCCUGCCUGCCGUGCUCACCUGCGAGGGAAAUGGAUCCUGGACCGGAGAGCUGCCUCAGUGCUUCCCCGUGUUCUGUGGAGACCCAGGGGUCCCGCCUCGAGGGAGGAGAGAGGACCGCGGGUUCUCCUACAGGUCAUCUGUGUCCUUCUCCUGCCAUGCUCCUCUGGUGCUGGUGGGCUCCCCACGGAGGUUUUGCCAGUCAGACGGGACAUGGAGUGGCACACAGCCCAGCUGCAUAGAUCCCACGCUGACCACGUGUACAGAUCCCGGCAUGCCACAGUUUGGAAUACAGAACAGCUCCCAGGGCUACCAGGUUGGGAGCACAGUGCUAUUCCGUUGUCAGAAAGGUUACCUGCUUCAGGGAUCCACCACCAGGACCUGCCUUCCCAACCUGACCUGGAGUGGAACCCCACCUGACUGUGUCCCCCACCACUGCAAGCAACCAGAGACGCCCACGCACGCCAAUGUCGGCGCCCUGGACCUGCCAUCCAUGGGCUACACACUCAUCUACUCCUGCCAGGAGGGCUUCUCCCUCAGGGGUGGCUCUGAGCACCGUACCUGCAAAGCUGACGGCAGCUGGACAGGCAAACCACCCGUCUGCCUGGAGGUCCGGCCCAGCGGGAGACCCAUCAACACUGCCCGGGAGCCUCUGCUCACCCAGGCCUCAGUUCCAGGGGAUGUUUUUGCCAAGAAUUCCUUGUGGAAAGGGUCCUAUGAAUACCAAGGGAAGAAGCAGCCAGCCAUGCUUAGAGUCACCGGCUUCCAGAUAGCCAACAGCAAGGUUAACGCCACCAUGAUCGACCACAGUGGGGUGGAACUGCAUUUGGCAGGAAAUUAUAAAAAGGAAGAUUUCCGCCUCCUGCUUCAGGUCUACCAGGUCACAGGGCCUGUGGAGAGCUUUGUGAACAGGUUCAAAGACGACCAGUGGGCGUUAGAUGGCCACGUCUCCUCAGAGUCUCCUGGAGGCACCUUUGUCUACCAAGGCUCCGUCAAGGGCCAAGGCUUUGGACAGUUCGGCUUUCAAAGACUUGACCUCAGGCUGCUGGAGUCAGAUCCCGAGUCCAUCGGCCGGCAUUUUGCUUCCAACAGCAGCUCAGUAGCCGCUGCCAUCCUAGUGCCUUUCAUCGCACUCAUCAUCGCCGGCUUCGUUCUCUAUCUCUACAAGCACAGGAGAAGACCCAAAGUUCCAUUCAAUGGCUAUGCUGGCCACGAGAACACGAACGUGCGAGCCACAUUUGAGAACCCCAUGUAUGACCGCAACAUCCAGCCCACAGACAUCAUGAACAACGAGGCAGAGUUCACAGUCAGCACAGUGUGUACUGCCGUAUAGCCCCCAGGCCUGGCUGCAGCUGCCACCGCCACCGAGAGCCCCGCCGCCAGCAGCCGCUCCCCAGGGGGCAGGAAGGAGCUCCCCUGAGCACAGCGCCCAGUGCCCAUCUUCGUCUGUCCCUCCGCCUACGUCUGCCACUGCUGGGACUCAGGCUCUUGCCCGCCCUGCCUCCAUCUGUGCUUGUCACCCUGGAGAGGACUCCACGAUGCCCUGGUGUGGGGCAGCAGAGGAAGAGGAGGGCUCAGCUGGAGGAAGGCAGAUGGAUUCAGACAGCAGAGUGAAUUACGGGUGUGCUCCUGAGCGCACCCAGCCUCUCCUUCACUGUGUCCUACAGAAGAGACCACAGAGGCUUAAAAAAGGGAAGUGUGUGCAUGCGUGUGUGUGUGUGUGUGUGUGUGUGUGUGUGUGUGUGAAAGAUGCCCUAGACACUGUUCCUACAAACCCAGAGGAAAUGAGAGAAGCAUCAUUACCUCUCAAACCAACAUGUCUGUCCCCAUGUGUGGGGACAUGAAGAA